AGAGAUUUGAGUCCACACCUUCUGGUUUGAGAUCUGUCAUAUGACUUCCAUUUCCUGGUACUGUCGGCGUCAUCCCAAACACCGCUGACUGAGCGUUCCUGUCGGUUUCUUCAUCUUCUCUCCGGCGGACACUCUGAAAUCCUGGGCGAUCAUGUAUCAAUAUGCUACAUUUGUUUUAUUCCUCACCCUUGGAAUUGCGUUCCAGCUGUCACAUGGCACUGUGGUGAAUGUCAGAGACAAAGACAACCAGUUAUGCCUCUUUGCCAAUCUAACGGUCAACUUUUCAGUCUCCUAUGAAGUAGCUGACAAUAAGAGUGCAGCAGUUGAGUUUGAACUUCCUGCCAAAGUCACAGCAGAUGAAAGUACAUGUGAUGCCACAAGCUCAACGUUGAAGCUUAAUUUUGGAGAGGGUCACUCCUGGAGUGUGAACUUCACCAUCAAUGGAAAAAUGUACCAGGCAGACACCAUCCUCUUUUCCUACAACCUCAGCGACACAACCGUCUUCCCUAAUUCUGUAUUAAACGAAACCAAAACUGUUGCUGUGAAGCCUCACAUAACAGAUGUAGGUGUGGACACCUGCUACUCAUGCAAGAGUAAAGACACGAUCGAAGCUGAUGCGGUCAAUCAGACGCUGUGGAACGUGCUCAUACAGGCUUUUGUCAGUAACAAUAGCACAAGUGAAAACAUUACUUCUUGUGCUGCCGAUGUACCCAUAACUCCCACCCCCACCACUCAUGCCACCAGUACUACCACUGCAGCUCCAGUCACAAACUCCACUACCACUGCCCCUCCUCCCACAACCACCCCGACCCCCACCCUCCCCACACCCACCACUGGGAAGUACAGCAUCAGGCAUGAUGAAAACAGCACAGCCUGUCUGAUAGCCAACAUUGGCCUGCGGAUUGGUUUCAAGCAAGAAGAGAUGAACUUUGAACCUAACGGGACCAAAGUCUCUGGAUCAUGUGGAGUCAACAGCAGUGAGCUGAUACUGACAUCCAACACAAUGACCAUCAUGCUCACUUUCACCAAUGACACAAAGAAAUUCCGCCUACAUGCUCUGAACAUCACCGGAAAGACGAGCUUUGGUGUGUUAUUUUCUGAAGCAAACACCAACCUGAGUCUGUGGGAGGCAGCUGUCGGCACCUCUUACAUGUGUAACAAGGAGCAGAACUACACCAUCACCAGCCCACUCACCCUCUACACCUUCAACCUUCAAGUACAGCCAUUUGGAGUUAAGAAUGGUGUUUUCAGCACAGCUGAGGAUUGCCAGGCUGAUGCGGAGAGCUUCCUUGUUCCCAUAGCUGUCGGAGUUGCCCUGCUUGUUCUCAUUCUUAUUGUUCUGCUGGCCUAUUUCAUCGGGAGAAAGAGAUACAUGGCCACCAGCUACGAGUCUUUAUAGUUUAUAGUUAAACUUUCCUCAUUUAGAUCUAAGCUCUUCAAAGGAUAGUCGGGGAAUCGCUGCCUUUGACUAAUUGUGAAAAAUUACUGUGUUGUAUUCACGUUUCCAUGUAGUGUUUAGUGCUGUUGACUUCCUAACUGUGUUCGGAAAGGAAUUGAUUGAUGUUUUGGGAAAUGUGCAAAAGUUAGAUGAGAACAUUGAUACCACUCUCAUGUCUAAACAGUAAAUAUGAAGCUGCAGCCGGUUAGCUUAGCUUAGCACCAAAACUGAAAACGGGGUAAACAGCUUGGCUAGCAUAAAUCAACUCUAAAGCUCGCAACAUGUUAUAACUCUUUCGUUUCAUCCAUUCAAAAUCAGUGGUGUAAGAUUUAAAUGUUGGGUUUGCACAGGACUGUUUCUUGGCCCGGUACAGUGACUUGCUGGAUCCCCACUGCUUCCAAAAUGGCUCCUUAUUUACGUAUUCUUACAAAAAAUUACUCAUUGGCUGCAUAUGCCAAAAAAUCUAGAAUGGCCAUUAAAUCAUUUGAUGAAACAGCUCUUAUAGACUUUUCAAAUGUUAUUGGACUGAAUGGAUCAAAAAAUAUAAAGAAUACUUUUGGGGUGUUUGUGACACUGCAGAUGAAUGUAUUUAACUGAAAGAGUGGUAUUGAUUUGACUUUCCGCAUGAGAGCAUUUCCCAAAAUGUCGGUCUGUUCCUUUUAAGUUUUGUUGCUGAUCCUGCCUAACGUUAAUUAGGCGUUCAUAGCGACUAAAAAGUAAUAACCACUUGAGUAAUUUCUUUUUUGUGUCUUUAGAAUAUUUAAUACCCCUUUUAUCUAAUCUCUAAACUUUGUGUAGGUUCUGAUCUCAUUUCCUGCUGCUCUGCCUGUUUUUUUCUUUAACUCUUUGUGGACUGUAAUCCUAAAUUCUGCUCUGAGUAAUGUUUUCUACUGACUAAAACCACUAACCUGCUGUCUGUCUCCUAUCUAUCUAUCUAUCUGUCUGUCUGUCUCUCUUCUGUAUGUCUGUCUGUCAGCUGAGGAAUGCUUCCUGGACUCUGAUUUGAGCUUUUUGGUGCCCAUUGCAGUGGGUGUGGCUCUCAGCUUCCUAAUCAUCCUUGUGCUUAUCUCUUACCUGAUUGGCCGGAGGAAGAGUCGUACUGGCUACCAGUCUGUAUAAUCCAACCCAGCUGCUUCUGCCUCUCGCACCCUUUCAACCCUCAUACAGUAUCUCUUAAAAACACAUUCCCUGCCCGUCAGUGCAUCGAAAGCAUCUCAAAUUUCCCGCUCAUUUCUGUUUGCCUAAAAAUAACCUUUGGCUCAUUUCUCGUACACAGUUUAAAAUUUAUCCCAGCAACCACCCCCAAAGGUUUUUGUUGUUUUUGCUUUGAUGCCAAUGACUGAACUAAGUACCAAGACAUUUAUGAUCAAUAUUGCAUUGUUUGAUUGUAGAUUGCAUGUUUUUGAAUAAAUUAAAUUUAUGGCUGUGAUUAGCCGUCCACCUCCUCCCCCAGAGAGACCUCGCUCCUCCCGCCCCAGAGAGGCUUUUUCCCUCUCGGUUUCUGUGCUGUAUAAUAGUGUAUGUGUAAAUUACUCUCUUGUAUAGAAUGAAUGACAUUCAUUUUUGAUGACGUGAAUGUAACGAGCAAGCUCCACUGUUGUCAUUCACAUCCCAAACGCCAAUGUGUUCACUGCUGCACAUAUAGUCAUUUAAUUGUAAUUUGAUGAAAGGGACACUAACUAAGACACUUUACCAGCGUUUGGACCAGUUUAUUUUUGUGUUUUGGGAGAUGUGUAAUGUUUUAUCUUUCUGUCACUCAUGUUAGGAUGAUUUUAUUUUCUUUAAAUGUACACUUCUUAAAAUAUUUACAAUUGAGCAUUUGGUGAAUUAAUUACAGUGUUGUUCCAUUAUAAUCCUAUGUUAAUUCAAAAGUUUAACAAAUGGAUAUUUUGGCAACCUGGUUUAAAUUUAAACCUACAUUGGUCACAGGGAUUAAACUAUGUUGAAUGUAGCCUACAUGAUUUCCCUCCAUGAGAUAGUACAGUAACAUUAACAGCAUGAGCAGUAUGAAGAUCAUGAGUAAUAUUAAAGUCACACCAUUUCAUUUAUACGACCCUCAGUUUCGUACAUUCGAUCACUCCCCUCCGACAGUUUCGUGCCUUUCUGUUGUGCACCUCUGAGUUGCUUACUUGAAGCUUGUCUCCAUCUGAUGAAGAAUGUGAUAUGAUGAGCUUGUUUAACACAAGUGGGGAACAAAUUAAAUAAAAUUUAGUUCUUGUUUUGUA